AUGCGGUGCUAUGCACGCGCUGGCGAAUUACAGGCUUCUAGUAGAGCCCGCUGCUGGUCCGGUUGGCGAGAUCUUUUGUCCAUUGUUGCUGGUGCCACCUCAUCUCCUGAGAGACAUGUUUUCCUGCAGAACGUCGACUGCGUCAAGAAGCAUCUGUACCGAAACCCUAAUACAGGGGUACGCGAACCGGCGAAGGACGGACUCUGCUCCACCUACAUCUGCAAUGUCAGAGCGGGUGACACCGUAGCCGUAAGCGCUCGCGAGAUCAUCCUGUUUCUUGGCUCUUGGAGUGAGGCGUCGCUCCCGUACAUGGCGGAGUGGCGGGCGCUGAAGGCGAAGAACGGCGAAUACGGCGUUGACAUUCAACUUCGCCUGGUCGCGACCAGGAGAGGGCAAGAGGAGAACCUACGUACAGAGUGCCUGGUUUCGUUCGGCUCCCGUUUCGCCGGCUCUGAGCCGGCCUUUGGCCACAUACGAUUCGUUCUAACGGCGUCUCCUUCUCGUGCGAAGCUCGAAUUAUCCCGCACCAGGUACACCGCCAUCGUGUACAACGGCCGCGAGUACUCCCACGGCUACUGUACGACUAGCAGCGCGACUACUACGCUGCUAUUACUAUUGGCACUAAUGCUACUACUACUACUUCUGCUACCGUUCUUAGUCCUCCAACUACGAGCACUCUUGUACGGCAACUGGCAGCACCACUGCCACUACUAG